AUGGCUAUCGGAACCGGUCUAGUGACGGCUCUUAACAAGGAGCGUAUCCAGCACCAGCAAGCCUUUGCUGACCUACAAGAGAUGCUUGUAGCCAACCAGAAGUUAGGAGCAACCAAUCAACGGCUGAAAUCCGUCAACACCAAGUUUCGUGGAGAACUUGCAGUCCUGGGACAUAAAGUAGCUCACGUAGAGAGUGUGGUAUCGUGA